UCUUACCGAACACAGUUCCACCGCUUUUUAGGAGCAAAAUUCAAAAUUGACACAUCACAGGAGGGAAAGAGUUUGAAUCGCGGAAUAAUUAAUCACUAAUCUUGUUCUCCUCUCACCUUCUUACAGACAACCGGGACAGUAUGAUGUGUAACUGCGCGUUUUCGCGCUUCCGGCUCGGCGAGAUUCGAGCACCGGUCGGUAGAUUUGGACUGUGCAUCCGAGCCGAUCAGAACUAUGGUCAUCUUGGGUUCUAGAGACGACACAGCGAAGGAUAUAACCUAUAGAAUUUUGUUUUUAAGCGGUUUCGAUUACUUGUCUUUGGGAAACGAGAACGAAACUGUUGCGCAAUGAAGCUGACGUGCUGGAUUGUCCAACUGCUCCUAUUGGCCUGCGGAUGCGUGUGUUCACUGGAACGAGUCACACACAACCCCGAAAACAACGUCAUCUGUCCUCAGGAUCUUAACUGCAGGGUGAGAAAUACAGACCCUAUCACACCACAUAAUGUGAUCUGUGGUCCUGUAUAUGUGUGUUCUCUGGCCGUAAAGCCAAAAUUGUGCUGUCACGGGACGGACUGCGAACCGUGUUUGUGGAUCGCCAUCCAGCUGAGUAUUAUUCCAGACCUCAAAGAUGACGAGGAAAGAGAUACUGAGAAAUCAGAACAUGAAGAGGAGAGCAGUGCGAACUGGGAUUCAGGAUGUGUUUCCGUGUCAGACGACACAUCAGAAGUUCGAAGGGAAGACUACUCUGUCUGUGAAGACCAGCAAGAUAAAGCUACUAUUACAAUAUGCUACCAUGCAGCAGAAGGGCAGCAAGUGCGCUGCAAGAGAUUAGACUUCACAGUGACUUCUGCUCAUAAACUUCUCAGUCUGACUCUGGUGGAGUAUAAAGAUGUUGACUUUGGCAGAACAAUGAAGAUCACUGUUGGAUCAUUCGCCAAGUCACCUGCAGUUGAAAUUAAUGAGUUUCCUACAUUAAAAACAGUGUGUUCCUUACCAGACCUAAAGAACAUAAAUCAGUGUAAAGGUCCCAGGGUGUACAUUAAAAUAGAGGAGGGUUGGGUUAAGGUGCUGUUGGCUGAUGAGGGUGAAAGAGCUUCUGAGGGCCUGUCCCUGUGUAUGAAACGUGGAAGAGAAGGAAGAUGCUGGGACCUGUCAAAUAACAGCAUUCCACUGGCGUCAGUCACAUACUGCACAUGUUUCCAGGUAUGGAAAAAUGAUUCAGUUCGUGUGGAAAUCUGUCCCUUUGAAAACAAUAAAACAGAACUUCAAGACAAUGUCCUGAACAACAUGUCAGUGUCUUUAGCCCACAUCAAGGCAAAUAAUGGUGAGCCAGUGCUAAGCUGGAAUUUAACAGCUCCCUGCAGGAUAAGAGCCGAAUUGUGGCCGUGUCAGAUCAAGGCAGAUGGAACAUGCACAGAAGUUAAAGGAUUCAGGCAGAAAUGCUGUAAUGAUUGGACAGAAAACAACACAGUACUAUGGGCAUCCGGGAAGUUCGUGAAUAUCAGGUCUCGGGAUCAGCAGCGACUCUGCGUGAUGCUCAAAGUGGAUGAAAAGAUUGUGCAGUACUGUCAACAUCCCGUGGAGCGACAGUACUGGAGCCUUCUUGUUCUCCUGCCGCUGGUCCUUGUUUGUCUGACUGCUUUUGCAGUUCUUCUCCUGGUGAACAAACUCAAAUGGCCGCUUAGUAAAUGGGACAGAAGAUGUAAUUCUCAAGAUAUGAGGGGACAGGUGUUGUUGCUCCAUUCCUCUUCCACAGACCCACAUUUGGUGUGUAAGCUGGGCCAUUUGCUUUCCGAGCUGGGGUUCGGAGUAUUUCUUGACCUGUGGAGCCAAACAGAGCUUGGUUCUCGCGGCCCAGCCGCAUGGCUCCACUCUAAGCUCGAUCACAUCCAGAAACAUGGUGGGAAAGCUCUUCUGGUGCUUUCACCCUCAACACUGGAGAGAGCUGAGUUGUACUGGAAGAUUGCGGUGGAAAAACAAAACAAACCCGCCACAUACUCCUCAGAUACGCUGGCUUCGGCAUUGGGCUGCAUUUUUGCUGAUCGUCAAAAGGGAUGCCCGGCUCAGCGGUUUGUCCUUCUGCAAUUAGACUUUCAUGAACUUCCCAUCAAUGAGGAACAUGACAUGCCUAAGUUGUUGAGGGGCCUUCCGCUUUAUAAACUGCCCUCGCAGUCUCAGGGAUUACUUAUGGAACUGUGUUUGGAGAGCCCUAAUAACAUGAGCGGGAAGUUGAAGAAGAUGUGGUGGAUAAAAAAUGCACAGAGGAAGCUGUCCCAAGGAGUGCAGAACAUUUGUAAGUCGAGGUGGAGGACCGAAUCCAUGCUCACUCAAUCGGAUUCACUCAGCGUAGAUGCGGAAGACACAGAGGAAAACAUUUUUCUUAAAAUUGAACAGCACUGAUGUGUCAUUUACUCCCUCAUCAGUCCAGAACAUUGUUCAGAAUGUCAGUCACAUUAACAUGAACAAUAAAAGUACCAGAAGAUAAAGCCAUAUCCAGAGGUUUUAUGGGCAUGCUUGGAAAUACCAAGGAACUAUAUAUAUUAUUAAUAAGUACCUUGGAGUACUAUGUGAAUAUGUUAUAAAACAGACAUUAUAUUGACAGUACCUGGCUACAGUCUCCGGGAAUUGUUUAAGAAGGAAGUCUCCAAGUGCAAAUGAGGAAAUUCGAAAGUACAGACGCUACAGGAAGUAAAGACAUUGAUAAAUGCACCUAAACGCAACAUCAAAGAAAAAAAUAAUAUUCAUACUGUAUGUAUAGAAAUAAGUAUGCAUUUACUCCUAUAUUUUCAUAGGUGUUUGGAAGGAAAUUACAUCUCAGCUUUUACUUAGUGGAUGGAAAUAAUGGCUUUUGGCUGUGUUUAUACACAAAUUCCAAAUGUAAAUAUGGCUAUACAUAUAUUUUGUAUAUGACUAAUAUAUAUAUUUUUUAAUUGAACGUUUGCUCUGUCAUUUGCUCUGGUUGUACUCAAAUACAGUUUUACACUUAAGUGUUGUCUGUCAUGGUCAACGCAUGGUCAAUGUCAUGAAAACACUCUGUAGGGAAAUAACGAGAAGAAUAACAACAAUAAAAGUGUUUGCAGUACAAACCAGUGUUCAUAAUUAAGAUAAUACAUUAAAAUAACAUGGUAAGACAUAUAAAUUUGCCAUAUCAAGCAGCAAAACGAGCUUUGUACAGAGACCAGAAGCCAGACCCAUACAUUUUACAAAUGGCGGCGCCAACUCUAACGGGAAGAAAAAGGUGGAAAAAAUUGAGAGAGAUAUAUAUAUAUAUAUAUAAACUAGUCCUAUCUGGUC